AUGCCAUCUUCUAACUUAUUGAGAAAGCUUCAUAUCGGUAAAAGUAACAACAACGCUAAAAACAAUACAACAUCGGAAAUAACAGUAAAUUCGCUAGGUAAUAUUGAAUCAAUGGAUCAAUACAAUCAAUACCAAUCUCCACAAUCGCAACCGCAGCAACUUAAUCCAUUGCCAGGUCAGGCGCAAGGAUUCAGCCUGGAUCAGACACAAAAUUUGGCUACUGGACAGCAAUUGACUGCCGAACAACAACGUGUUGAUGAUGCUAUCAAACGUUCUUUGUUACCCGAACGGUCGACUGUUUCUAAGGGCAAAUAUUCUUUAGCUGACUUUAGAAUAUUGAGAACUUUAGGGACUGGUUCGUUUGGUAGAGUUCAUUUGGUACGCUCAGCCCACAAUGGUCGUUACUAUGCAAUAAAGGUGUUGAAGAAGCAACAGGUGGUAAAAAUGAAACAAGUCGAACACACAAACGACGAACGGAGAAUGUUAAAGUUGGUCGAACACCCAUUUUUAAUUAGGAUGUGGGGUACUUUCCAAGAUUCGAGGAAUUUGUUCAUGGUAAUGGAUUAUAUUGAAGGUGGUGAAUUAUUCAGCUUGUUAAGAAAAUCACAGAGAUUCCCAAAUCCUGUAGCAAAAUUUUAUGCCGCUGAAGUUACUUUAGCUGUUGAAUAUUUACAUAGCCAUGAUAUCAUAUACCGUGAUUUGAAACCUGAAAAUAUUCUUUUGGAUAGAAACGGGCAUAUUAAAAUUACAGAUUUUGGUUUCGCAAAAGAAGUCAGCACUGUUACCUGGACAUUAUGUGGUACUCCUGAUUAUAUUGCUCCUGAAGUUAUUACGACCAAGCCAUACAAUAAGUCUGUCGACUGGUGGUCUUUGGGUGUUCUUAUUUUUGAAAUGUUAGCUGGUUAUACUCCAUUUUAUGAUUCAACUCCAAUGAAAACAUACGAGAAAAUCUUAUCUGGUAAGAUUCAUUUUCCAAGCUUCAUGGGACCUGAUGUCAUUGACUUAUUAUCGAAAUUGAUCACUGCCGAUUUAACCAGAAGAUUGGGGAAUUUAAUGAAUGGACCAUCAGACAUCAGAAACCACCCAUGGUUCCUGGAAGUUGUAUGGGAAAAAUUAUUAGCUAAGGAUAUUGAAACGCCAUAUGAACCACCUAUUACUGCAGGAGUUGGUGAUUCUUCGUUGUUCGAUCAUUACCCAGAAGAGAAAUUAGAUUACGGAACAGUCGGUGAGGAUCCUUAUGCACAAUAUUUCCUUGAAUUCUAA